UGCGUAAUCGUUAAAACAUGGAUGUUAUUUCGCAUUUGUGUUCGACGCAGAAACUAAACCGUGAUCGGGGAGUAAUUGAACUCAAUAAACUGCUACCCCAGGCUGAUUGUGAAACGUACGAAUCGUUAAAAAAGGAAUUAACGCAAAUUUUAAAAGAUGACACUGCUAACUGGGAGAGUAAACAGGGUGCACUUUCGGGAUCCAAGGCCCUCUUGCUUCACAGAGCCAAUGAAGAUGUAGGCCUAGUCCCAAAUGAAGGAAAAUGGAUGGCUGAGUUUAGUGACAUGCUUUUGACACGAGCGUUGGAACUUUUAAGUGAUGCUGAGGUCAGAGUACGGUUAGCCGCAGGUGAAGUACUUGGUACUCUCUGUCAAGUAAUUGGAGUUCAGGUGUACAUGUCCUCAAAGGAAUUUGUGCUGGAACUUGUGAAGUCCAAUGUUGAAAGGCAGCCCUUAUCGGAUAUGGAGGACGAAGUGGAGGAAGUGACAAUUACGGACAGUGGAGAGAAGCCAGUGCGCCGUAGGAGAAAUAGUUCAGAUGCAGCUAAGAUAUUUCACGAUACAGCCGGUUGGAAGUCCUUGGAGACGAGUAUGAAGUGUCUUCAGGCAUGUAUAGAAGGAUGUGGUCACCGGUUCAAUCCGUGUGUAGACCAGGCAUUGCUAGAUCUGGUGUUCAGUGUUCUAAAGCAUACAAAUCGCUUUGUGAGAGAGACUGGAUACCAAGUGUGUGCUGCACUCGUCAGCGUUGGAGUUGGUACCGAUGGUGUGACAUUAAAGACGGACAAUGCUGUCUACCAACAUGGCGACCAAUUUGCAGACUAUCUUGCUUUGGGCUUGGCUGACAAUUGGAGUCAGGUGAGGCUAGCGGCGUCGAUAGCAACGAGAAAGUUCAUGUUGAGCCUACCUGGUGAAAAGGAGCGAGAGCUGUUCUUCCCAAAACUACUGCCGAAAAUGUGUCUCAACAGGUAUUAUGUGGCAGAAGGAGUAAGGAUUUACUCUCAGGAAACUUGGCGGCAGAUUGCACACACCCAAGGUUGCUACCUAGUCGAAAAAUAUAUUGCAGAUGUGCAAGAAUACUACAUAGCACAGACAAAGGCUGACAACCAUGCUGUGAGAGAGGCUGCAUGUGCAUGCAUAGCUGAACUAGGCUCAAAGAUCAAGCAGGAUGCUGUAAGACCUUUUGUUCCUCCUCUACUUGAUGCCUUACUCGUCUGCUUCAAUGAUGACAGUUGGCCUGUACGUGAUGCCGCGUGUCUUGCGUGUGGCAACUUCAUAUUCUGCUUCCCGGAUGAAUCUAAGCCAUACCUUUGUCAACUGUAUCCACUCUUCUUUUCGAAUCUAUCUGACGUAAUCCCAUCUGUCAGACAGGGGGCAGCAUCAGCACUGGCAAACAUUGUCCGCGUCUACAAGUGCGAAGCCAUAGAGAAAGUUAUUUGCAAGAUCACGGAGGGCUUAGAGAAUGUCAAGAUGCAGGAAGAGACACAAGAGAAGUAUGGUGGACUGGAAAAAGGUCCCGCCACAUUUGGAGUUGCAAAACGAGCUAGAGACAAUGAUCCUGAGCUUCAUUCCAAUCAACUUAUGUACUCCUGUGGCUCUCUUGCACCAAAGAUGAGAGCUGGUGGCUGCAUGGACCAUCAGUUUCGUAGACCCCCGGAGCCAUGGGAAGUCGGAGAUGGUUGUGUUCACAUGAUGGCGGAACUGGCAAGUAUAUCAGAAUGCAGCAAAGAAGUAUUCGAUCUGCUACCUGUGCUGGCCAAGGCCAGUGGACUACAUCACUAUCACCAGCACUACGUUUUUCUCGAGUCAUUGUGCAAGCAGCUUCCAAUAAUUGCAAAAGGGGUAGGAAAGAAGAUAUUCAAAACCCACCUGGAGUUGUUUUUAGACCCAGUCUUCUAUGCGCUGUCGUGUGACAAUGCUCUGGCAUCAAGCGCAGCCAGUACAUGUCUGAAUGAGCUGAGCAAAUUGCUGGGACCAAGCAUUCUCAGAGCCAGAGUGGAGAACUUCAACCCCAAGUACCUGGAACCUUUUGAUGCAAACACAUACAUUUCUUCAUACUAGACCAGCUUGUGUGUACUGUCAAGCCAGCUUCAGCAUCACCAGUUUGUAUUGGUAAACGUCAUGUGAAUAUAUAUCUUCUCUCUCGGAAAGUAUGCUAUGAUUAGAGUGAGUUAUUGGAUACGUGACUUCAUAACACUACAAUUGCACUUAUUAAUUAUAUUAUUUAGACUAAUAGAUGUAUAGACAAUCUCAAUUUGGUUUUGUGCUUUACGGACUGUUAGAUUGUUAAGAAAGUAAUUGUAUCCCCUGCGACGAAGUCGGCGGUGAUACUAUGGUGUCAUGUCUCCCCAGCCGCUGCCGCCGCUCGGUCCGCCGCAGAG